CUUCCUCUCUAUUUUUAUGGAGUCCCCCGCAUUUUCUUUGAAAGUGGCUACGUAGCUGCGUCGACAUCAAUCGCAUGUCAUGCGUUAGUACUUGCGCCUAAAACUGAAGGAGGAAAUUAUUUAUUUAAAAACUGACGCAAGGGCGCUAAAUCUAAAACAAACUGAAUAAAAUAUGAAAAUAUAUGCAGCUGCACAAUCAGAAGUUUGUGAUACACGCACGAAAGAAUGGCGCCUCGCGUACAGCUUGAGAAAGCAGCCUGGCGCUGGGUCGAGUCUGUGAGACCAGAGGACAUACAACGGGAACAUAUUGAGAUAGCUUAUCGAAUCUGUAUACCGGCGUGCAAGAGGGGAGCAUGCAGGAGGAAUUGCAAAGGGAACCCAAAUUGUCUUGUCGGUAUUGGUGAACAUGCCUGGUUGGGAGAGAUCGACGAGAACACCUUCCACAACAUUGACGAUCCAAACUCGGAGCGCCGGGACAAGAACACGUUUGUGGGUCUGACAAACCUGGGUGCCACGUGUUACGUCAACACAUUUCUGCAGGUGUGGUUCCACAACCUGGAGCUGCGUAGGACCCUGUACCUGUGUCAGAACGCCAGGGCAGAGGAGCACAACAUGGACUCAGACUACGAGCCUCGCAGCAUAUGUGAACACCUGCAGUACCUGUUUGCACUGCUACAGAACAGCAACAGAAGGUACAUCGACCCCUCAGGGCUGGUCAAGGCUCUGGGGCUGGACACAGGACAACAGCAGGACGCUCAAGAGUUUUCCAAGCUCUUCCUCUCGCUAUUGGAGGACACCUUAUCCAAACAGAAGAAUCCAAACCUGCAUAAUGUCAUCCAGCAGCAGUUCUGUGGCCAGAUGUCUUACGUCACUGUGUGUAACCAGUGUGGUCGUGCUUCUCCUCUGCCGUCCCGAUUCUACGAACUGGAGCUCAACAUCCAGGGCCACAAGAACCUUACAGAAUGUGUCACAGAGUUCCUCAAGGAGGAGAAGUUAGAUGGUGACAACCGCUACUUCUGUGAAAGCUGCCAGAGCAAACAGAACGCCGCUCGACGCAUCAAACUGCACAGCCUCCCACGGGUACUCAACCUGCAGCUCAUGCGUUUCGUUUUCGACAGACAAACGGGUCACAAGAAGAAGCUCAACACCUUCAUCAGUUUCCCAGAGCAGCUGGACAUGGGCCCGUUUCUGGAGGAAAAAGAAGAUGAGAAGUGUGUGUACGAGCUGAGUGCGGUCCUGAUUCACCGCGGGGUCAGCGCCUACUCGGGUCACUACAUCGCCCACGUGCGAGACGCCCGCACCAGCGACUGGUACAAGUUCAACGACGAGGAGAUUGAGAAGAUGGAAGGCAAGAAGCUACAGCUGGGCAUCGAGGAGGACAUCGCCGAAACGGUGAAGUCCCAGACCCGUAAGCCCAAGUGCAGUAAAGGAUAUCACUGCUCCAGAAACGCCUACAUGCUGGUGUACAAAUGCCAGAGAGAGGAGGACACUGACCCCAUGGAGACCAACGUUGAGGUGCCAGGCUUUCUGGGGAGGCUGGUGGACCGAGACAACAGGAAGUUUGAAGAGUGGUGCCUGGAAAUGGCCGACAUGCGCAAGCAGAGCGUUGACAAGGGAAAGGCCAAGCACGAAGAGGUGAAGGAACUCUACGAGCUUUUACCUGCGGAAGACGGCCAAGAGUAUGAGUUUGUGCCUCUGGAGUGGCUGAAGAAAUGGCUGGAUGACUCGACGGUCACCAAAGAAAUCGACAACGGCAACUUCCUGUGUUCUCACGGUAAACUGCACCCCGACAAGGUGGGGGAGGCCAAGAGGAUCUCCGUCAAAGCUGCAGAGCUUCUCUUCGACAAAUAUGGAGGAGGACCCAGGCUAGAUUGCUCAACUCUCUGUGAGGAAUGUGUGGGGCAGAGAUGCAGAGUGCUGCGGCUAAAGAACCAGCUGGCCGAGGAUUACAAAGAAGUCACCAACCUUGUCAAGUGCCCGCCCAAAAGUGAUGAGGGGUACUGGGCGGGCAAGACGUCUCUGCGGAGCUGGAGACAGUUGGCCUUGGAGCAGCUGGAGGAGGAUGAGGAGGAGACCAAACACAGCAACGGCAAAACCAAUGGAGAGGGACCAGAGAUCACUGCUACUAAAGAGUACGGCACGGAGAACCUGGACGGAGACGAGGAGGAAAUGAAGACCUUCAAUGAGGACAUCCUCUGUCGGCACGGCGGUCUGAGUAUCCUGGAGAGCGAGCGGCGGCUGGUGACUGAGGAGGUGUGGUCCAAACUGAGGGUGUACUUCCCCAAAGCCCCCCAGUUCACCCAGCUACAGGAGCCCUGUCAGCAGUGCCUGAGGCUGGAGCGAGAGGGGAAGGAGAAUGAGGCUCUGAACAGGAUGAUGGCGUCAGAACAGAAGAGCUCCCUACUCAACCUCUUCCAGGAGAAGAACAGGCCCACACUCACCAAGUGGCCACAGGAGACAGAUAUUCUCUACAUAGUUCCUCUGUUUUUUGUGGACGAGUGGAGAAGGUUCAUCAGGAGGCCCACUAAGACCACCCCAGUGUCUAGCGUGGGGAACAGUUUGCUCCUAUGUCCACAUAGAGGCUUCAUGUUCACCUUCGACUCCAUGUUAAAGGGAGACGCCCAACAUAUAGCUCUUCUCUGGCCCGACGAAUGGGAGGUGAUUAGCAGACACUUCCUGGUUGAUCAGCCAAUCUCCAUCUGCCGGUUCGGCGAGGCUACGCCCAACGGCUCCAGUGUGGAGUACACCACCCAGCCUGAGUUGUGUAGGGACUGCAGAGAAGGCUUCAUUUUCCAGCAGCAGAGGGACAUGAGAGAGUAUGCACAAGCCACAGUCUAUGUACGCAAGGUCAUAGACGACAAGAGGUUGAAGGAUGCAGCUCCUGAGAUGAAUGUGAGCGGGUCAGAGGCAGAGGAUGAGAGGGAGGAGCCUGUUGCUAAGGUGGAUGGAGAGCGAGACCCUGAUUUCAGCCAGUCAGAGGACGGGGCAAAGCGUCAGAAGCUGAGUGACGGCACCGUCAGUGCUGCCGCAAGUCCCGCCCCCAUGGCCAGUGGUGGCAAAUCGGGGAUCAGGAGGAGCACGAGGCACAGGAAGCUCCGGGGAGAGAAAGCACUCAUCGUCUCAGCCAAUCAGACGCUCAAGGAGCUCAAAAUACAGAUCAUGCACGCCUUCUCCGUGGCCCCGUUUGAUCAAAACCUGUCGAUCGACGGCCGGUGUCUUACGGACGAUUCUGCCACCCUCGGCAGCCUAGGAGUCAUCCCAGAGAGCGUCAUCUGUCUGAAGGCUGAUGAACCCAUAGCAGAUUUUGCAGCAAUGGAUGAUGUUUAUCAGGUGUGUAUGCCUGAAGAAGGAUUUAAAGAAAAAUCCACCUGCACCCGCCCCACCUGCUCAGCCAGUCAGGAGCCGCUACUGCGUUGCGGCCGUGGCAUACUUUUUACUAAAUGGGACUGGGCUUCUUGGCCACUGAAGAGAACACAAGUCGCUGCCCUCGAAGCGGACUGAAGCUGGACAGCAAGAAUAAAAUGCUUGAAAUAGUGUCCAUGAAUUGAGGAAAAAGUGCUUUAAUUUUUUUCUUUUUUAAACUGUGACUAUGUUGCAAACCCUUUCUUUAUCACAAUAGUAGCGGCUGGCUUUUAAUAUUUAAAGACGUUUAUGCAUUCUCUGGGACUUUGCUGUCACGCUCUCUUUGCCCGGACUGUGAGUAGAAACGGGUCAUUAGUUGAGUGGCAUCUUCCAAUAUGGAGCCCAAACUUCUCUCUUCUGUCUGCUUCCGUAGGCUUCUGAGAGGAUAGGCCCAGUCGUAGAAGGUGCCCAUUUUAUUUCGAUUGUAGGACAAAAUUUUCCUUGAAUUUUACAAGAGAAAUUUUUUUGUUCAAUGGAAGCUUGUGGUCAUAUUUAAAGAAUGCAUAAUACAUAUUUAAAGAAUGCAAAUGUUAAAUAUUGAAAAUUGUAACUGUUUGGUGGUUGAACAACCUCAACAAAGUUAACAAAAUACUCCCUUGUGACAUUUAGGAGAAGAAAAUAUGUAUAUUCCUUAAAUGAGUUUAAAAAAACAUAGGAAAUUUAGAUUAGAUUGUGCUGCAGUCAGAAACAGAUGCAGGCCUUGGUGUGAGCUGUUCUUUUCUCUAUUUCAUAUGGGCAAUAAAGUUGUUUUCUUCUAAUUUGAAUGUACAGAUUCUCACACAUUGUUUUGGACUUGUUUGUGCACUGUAGGAAAAUACAAUGGGCGGUUUCCCUGACACAGAUUAAGCCUAAUCCUUUGUCCUGGAAACCGCCCCUUUGACCACUGAUAUUGGAUUAAGUAUAUAUACUCACAUUUUGUAAUUCAUUCUCUAAUAUACACAGUAAACCAAGUCUGGAUGUAUUGUACUGCAACUACAAGAGGCGAUGGUUGGUGUUUGUAGUUUUAGUACUACUAUUUGCAUAAUUUAUUUUUGCAAUUGAAGAAAAUUAUUUCACUCUAAUUUAAAUUUCUCAUAAGUGAAUAAACAUUGAGCACAGUUGAGUUCUCCCUAA